AUGAGUACAGACUUCCAGAAACUCCUUUUUGACAUUUCUGAGGCUUUGGUCACAGAUGAACUGGCAGCUCUGAAGUUCCUCAGCCUGGAGCACGUCCCAAUGAGGAAGCUGGAAGCCAUCCAGGAGCCCAAGGCCUUCUUUGAAGCACUGCAGGAGAAAGACAUGAUCGAGGCAGGGAACCUGUCCUUCCUGAAGGAGCUGCUCUACCGGAUCAAUCGAAUGGACCUCCUGGCUGCCCAGCUGGGCUCCAGCCGAGAGGAGAUGGAGAGAGAGCUUCAGACCCCAGGCAGUGCACGGGUGUCAGCCUACAGGCAACUGCUAUAUGGAAUUGCAGAGGACUUGACUCCAGAAGAUGUCAAGAGUGUGAAGUUCCUGCUCCAAAAACAAAUACCAAAGAACAAGCUCCAGGAUAAUGCUUCAAUGUUGAAGGUCUUCCUGGAAAUGGAAAGAAAUGGGAUACUUAAAGAUGAUGACCUGGCAAUGCUGAAAGAUAUAUUGAAGGGAUUUAGAGCUGACAUAAAGAAAAAAAUUGAUAACUAUGAAGAAAAAAAAAAAGAAAAUAAUUCUAAGGACAAACUCCAUUAUCCAGAGUUGGUGUCUGUGCAUCCAGCAGAACAAGGAGCAGAGGGGGAGACACCACACCUGCUUGUGGAAUCAUAUAAGAUGGAAAAUAACCCCCAUGGUUACUGUGUGAUUCUUAACAACUACAUUUUUAAAAAUCCAUAUGAAGCCAGAGAAGGAACAAUGAAAGAUGGAGAGGCUGUGAAGAGGGUGUUUAAGUGGCUUCAGUUUGAGACAGUUGAGCACAUGGAUCUAGAAGCAAAGCAAAUGUAUGCAAAAGUUAAAGAAUACAGUGAAAAAGAUCAUAGUAACAUGGACUGUUUUGUUUGCUUCAUUUUUUCCCAUGGUGAAAAAGACAAAAUAAAAGGCGUUGAUCAUGAGUUUGUAAAUAUUAAAGAUUUACUCUCCUGCUUCAGUGGAUCUAAUUGUCCUUCUCUUGCUGGCAAACCCAAGCUGUUUUUCAUCCAGGCUUGUCAAGGCUGUGUAGGUCAUCCAGCUGUCACAGUAAAAGACUUUUCUGACCAUCUUGAGACGGAUGCUACCCCUUUGACUUCCAUUCCUGAUAAGGCUGAUAUUCUAGUUGGCAUGGCUACAGUGGAAGACUAUGAGUGCUACCGCUGUACGAAGACUGGCAGUGUUUAUGUUCAAUGCCUCUGUGAUAAGAUGGAGUCGCUUUGCCCACUCCGCAAGGAUCUCGUAACCAUCCUGACAGAAGUGAACAAGGAAGUAGGAGGAAGAGUACUAAAUGGAUGGAAGCAGAUGCCAAAGAUAACAUCAACCCUACGGAAGCAAUUGAUCUUCCAAAUUCCACCAUGUCAGUCAACUGAAAAGUAG